AUGGACUGGGAAGCCAACCUGGCCGCUAUCAUCAAGUGCACAGAUGCCAAUCUUGCCCAGCGAUUUCGCGAAUUUGAAGAUAGCACAGAUGAGUAUGCAAGAGUCGACGAGGCUCCAGCGAUUCAAUUUUCUGGUAGCAACAAUGUUGGAGCGAAUCAUAUGCGCGAGACCAUAGCAAAUGAAUAUCGCCAGCGUCGUCAACAAGAUAGACAACAGUCUUGUCAGCAAAUACCGUCGACAUCGCGUGCUUUUGCAGCAUUUAAGGGGGCGAAAACACCGGUGACGACCUUCUCGCAACAUUUUCAUCAGCGGCAAGAUCAAAAACGAAAUUCAGCAACGGUUGGGAGAGCUAAAGACAAUCAACAAACAAAUCCGCGUGGUAGUGAAGACGGACAUGUCACUGAUGAAGACUAUGUGCAAGAUUAUCACGUAAACUCACAUGAUGCUACAAUGCGAGACGCCUUUAGGGGGCCAUUUCAGCAGCAAAUGUUUUUAUCGCCGUCGUACAACAUCGCGCAGGUGAUGGAGCAGGUACGAUUGAGUCUAAAAUUGGAAAUUGAUGCACGCGCUGUGAUUGCGGAGCGCCAGCUAAGCCAAUUGUCGCAGCUGUGUAAAGCCACGUCGGAGGAACUUGACCAAUUACGGGUUGAGGUCUGCGCAAACGACCGUCAGCUUCAUACGUUGGACCAAGUGCAGUCAAAAAUUCGACAAGAGCUUACGACACAGAAGGAUAUUGGUUUUCAUUUGCAAUCGAUGUGCGGUAAGGAUGAAUCGUGGCGUAUGCAAGCUGAGAAUCAACUGCUAGAGUUACGUCAAACUGUGGCUGCUUUAAGAGAACAGGGAAAUUCAACACAAGCAGUAGCACAGGAAAAGCUGUCGAGGUCUGAGCUAUUGGUGCAAUUUAACUCUGCCUUUGAGCCAUUAAAAGCACACCUUCAGGCGAAUCUGCAGCACCAGGCGCAGCAGAUUGCUGACAUAACGCACACAACGAGUUCGUCGAGUUUGUUGCUAGACAGGGUCACACAGAAAAUCAAUCGACGUAUCACAGAUGAAUUGAAUGAACUGCGCAGCGAUAUAAGCGCGCUUAAGCACCACGUUGCCAAGGUGGAAAUACAUCAAGAUUGUGGACGGCAACUGUCGAAGACGAAGUCUAAACCUAAAGAGAAGGAUGGACAACAGGAACAGGAUAGAAUAAUAAAAGAGUUACGCGAAGAACUUCAGACUGAGCUGUUUGCGCUUGUAAAAGAUUACGUGGAUGCUCAAACGAAACCGCUUCGUUAUCUUGUCGACGCAAGUAGCCUACAAUUUGUCGAAAAGACUGAGAUGGUGACUAUGCGGGAUACACUUGAUGAGACGUGUCGAACUCGUUGCGCAGCCACCACAACGCAACUUGAGAGUAUAAUUGUGGCUGCUCAAGACCGAUUGCAAGGUGAAUGUAUUGCAAAGGUCAAAGAUUCUUCAGAUCGAUUAGAAAAGUCAUUGCAGCAAACAGCUAAUAGUAUGUCGAGUGCUUUCGAUGGCCGAGUCAAAUCCUGGCAAAAUAAAUGGCUUGAUUUUGUUAAGUCUUUGAAUGAGCAAAAAGAGAGAAUUGAUGAGCUCCACGAAUCCUUACGUAAAAGUCGUCAUCGGAUGAUGGAUCAACUUAAUGCGUUGGAACAUCAAAACCAGAAAAAAUGUCAACAACUAGAUAGCGACAUUGAGACACGUUUAAAGGAUUCUAAAAAUCACGCUAAAAGUUUAGUCGCAGAUAGUUUGAUUACUAUUCAAGCAUCCUUGACUAGCCUGAAAAGCUUCAUACACGCUGAAGAAUACAAUAUUAUGGUAGAAUUGGAGCAAAAAUUGAAGCGUUCUGAAGGAAAGCUUUCAAGAAUAGAUCUAGCAAUUGCUGCUUUGUCUAAUCGGACUACAAGUUUAGGGAGCUCUUCCUCCGCGUCCACUAUAGAUACAAGUAUUCGCGAUGUUACAUUGGCUUUACAAAAGCAGACGAGUGUUCAUAUAGCAGCAAUGGAUAAUUUGUUUCAGAAAAUGCAGCAACAGUUCCAACAGCAAUGCCAGUCACAUGUUCAAAUGACAACAAUGCCAUCUCAAUAUCAAGGAUUUUGGCCAAUUUAUCCCUACACGGCCACCCCAGCUUUAACAGCUCCAGCUCCUCAUAUACCAACCACAACUGAUCAGCCAGGUACGUUAGAUGUGGUAACCAGACAACCAACAGCGCCGACGCCAACCGCGCCAAAAACCGAAUCGGCAACUUGUUUGACGCCAGGUUCCGAUUCUUUAAAUGGAGAUAAUUCAAUCAAAGUUGACAUUGACGGAAAGACAGUAAACGCACCAGCUAUUGAUGCCAAUUGCGUGCAUAAUAAACAAUUGCUCAAGCUCACAGAGCUUUCAGGCUCGGUAUCAGAUCUUCCGACCGAUUUGAAAUCCAUGGUAGGCAUGACACGACAAACGAUAGCGCUAUCCGACCAAAUCAAAGAGCAGGACUUCGAGCAAGCUUCAAGGGAAGAAGCUAAAUCGAAGAAGCGAGAGUGUACACUUGCAGCAACGGCAAAGGGUGCCCAGGCAGAAGCUGAACUUGCAAAAGCUCGUGUUGAAGGCCGGCGAAAGCAAGUGCAGGAUGUCAAACAGCGGCAGUCUCCAUUGUCAAGUCACACGCAGCCGACACUAUCUCGUUCAGUGUCUUCCUCUGCGGUUGGUGCUACAGUAGCGUCUAAAACUGAAUUAAGAAUAAGAGGCCCAGUUAGUGUUCCCAGCACUCCGAUGGCAGGAGAUUAUACCCAACUACCUGUCUCGCCGCCGUCACUAACACAAAAGAAAGCUGAUAAAAUUGAGGCGACUUUAAGCUUAUCAAAGUUAAGUGUCAGUAGCAUUGGUAGCUAUUCAGAGCCACCUCGGACGAUUUCGCGCACCAACAGUGCACUUUCACAUGCUCACAAGUACAACGUCGAAUCUGCAAAUUCACCAGCUCUGGAUGACAUGCCAAAAAAAUUGCCUCUUUCAUCGUCUCAGUCGAAUGACGUACCCCAAAAUAUCACGCAGGAUGUGAGACUCUCGAUUCCCGCAUCUAUAUCAUCAAACGAGGUCACACUCGCACUUGCCCAAUCUCCAAUCGCCAAAAUUUUUGGAAGAUCAUCCAUAUUGGAAGCACGUCGGAUUCGUGAUGAUGACAUCUCUUCAGAUCAAGUAGUUUCGGAUGCAGUAACUAAACAAGCGCCAAGUGAUGAAGACAACGUAUCAGUAAAUGCUUCAGUGGGUGCUAACCAGUUAUCAGCACCAAUGGAAUACCCUUACGACACACAUUUCUCAUGUGAGCUGUGCCGUUUACCUGUCCGCUCGGAUCUCAAGUUUGUACAUGAGGAAUCGCAAUGCCCCAACCGCGUGGUACACUGUAAGUUCUGCAUGCAGCAAGUGCAAUUUGUCAAUGUUACGAGGCACGAGCGUGAGUGCAAUACCACAAAUCGAGUAACAUUAAGCGAAACGGAAGCAGAAUCAAACCCUGACAGAGAUAUAGAAUUUGAGAAAUCAAGCAAGCAAUGUCGUCAUUGUGCAGCGAGAAUUCCGGGACUCUUAUUACUUGAGCACGAAACCAAUUGUGACAAGGUGAUGAAACAAUGCCCGCACUGUCUUCGUCGUCAAAAGAUGUCAGAGCUUGCGAACCAUGUUGAAAAUUGUGACUGUAGAUUGGUUUCAUGUCCGAAUGGAUGCGGCGGCAAAUUCUUACAGCGUGGAGUCCCGACUCACUUGGCUACACGCUGUCCCAAAACACCUUCAACUAUAGCGGCUACCGCUGCAUCUUCAGCAUCACGACCAGCGUGUCCUGAAGCAAUAAAGACGACUGCUUCUCUAAUGACUCCUUCAGAAAUCGAUCUUACCGAAAAGGUGAAGUGCAAGUUUUGUGAUGACGAAAUUGAAGCAAGCAAGAUUGAAGAUCAUGAGCAGAAUUGUGAUUGGAAACCUAAGCGGUGUUUUUACUGCAAUAUGGUUGUCAUUUCUCGAGACUUGCUACGCCACGAGACAUCGUGCAAAAGUAAUGUGAAAUCAUGUGCGUAUUGCAACAAAAAGAUGCCCCAAUCAGCCUUGAUUAAUCACGCUAGUCGCUGCUCAAAACGUCCGAUUAAAUGCAUUCGAUGCUGCAAGCUCAUCCCUUCCGACACAAUUGUAGCUCAUUCCACUAAUUGCAAGGUCGAGCUGGAUGCAACUUUGGCAGCGAGUAAUUUGUUGUCAGGCCAGCUUUCAAAUACGACUUCAAAUGCUUCUACCAGGAUCCCUCCUCCUCCCCCAUUCCCCCCUCCGCCUGAUGUGUCAAGAACUUUGUCGACACCAACUCCUCAAGAUGCUUCUGAAUCUCGGCUGUCUUUGAAUGCCUCGAUUGAUGUCGGAAAGGCAACAGACGAAAAUCAUUUCGAUCGAAUGGCCCGACGACAAUUUGCCUUCUCAAAGCUCACGAACUCAGGAUCGAUUCCCACUGGGAUGCAGGUCAAAAGCAUAUAUAACCAAGCAAGUGCAUCCAGCGCGAUGCCGGCCGGCCUUGAUCGCACCAAACCAGUCAUUCGAUCCAAUCACCAAUAUGAUAAAAUCGAGGACGACAAAGAAGACUAUGACGCUGACAAAGGCCAUUUGACACUUGCUCAAGUUGUAAAAGAUUGGACCGUUGAGAAUGUGUGUCUCUGGCUUCACGAAGACGUUGGGGUUUCGGACGCCGUGCGCACGUUUCAAAAUAAGCAGUGUGACGGUGAAAAGCUUUUGCGGCUAACAGAAAAUGACUUGGUCAACGACUUUAAGAUAAAUGAUCGAUUGUUGCUGGAUCGAAUAUUAAGUGCUAUAGAAGUAAUCAAUACGAGUAAUGCAUUUCUCGAUGAGGAUGAGGAAGAGGACGAGGAAGAGGAUGAGAAUGAGGAAGAUGAAGAUGAAGAUGAAGAUGGAAGUGAGGUAUACCAUGGUGAUGUAACGACACACAUGCAGGUGUCAACCAGAAAAGCUUUUUCUCACCCGCGAGACAUCCUGCAGCGACCUUUUUCCGAUAACAAUUUGCCAUCCUCCAAAGACAUGUUUCGUCGAAUUAGCAACGCGCUGGGUAGCUCCAGCCAAAGUAAUGCUCGAUAG